UUAGCGACACUUCGUGCUUCAAAAGUGGAUCGAAGAGACGAAUCUGGUGAUAUUGUGAAAACGUUGGUAGACGACCUAAUCGAACAGAAUCAGCCGGACCUGCCAGAGAAAAUCUAUUUCAGCUUCCUGCGCACUGAAGGCUUCGAGCUGUUCAAGAACGAUGACAUAACGAUACAAGUAGGCGAUGUAAACGAAUGUGUAGCUGCCUGCGAAAAGAAUAAUAUUGAGGGACAACCUCUGGACUGCCGAUCGUUCGAUUUCUCGGCGUCAACGUGCUCGUUCUCCGCAGAGACCGCCGUACCAGUAGGAAACGGCCAACUCCAACAAAGAAACGACUCGUUCUACUACGAGAAGAUCUGCUGGAAUUCUUUCAGGAAUUGCUCUCCUACAUUCACACGUUUCCCACAGAUGGUCCUGGUAGGAUUCGCCGAGGCGGUUGCCGAUACGACCUCAUUUGAAUCCUGCUUCGAGCAAUGCCUUGACAGCUUCAGCACCUUUGGCUUCAACUGCACUAGUGGCAUGUAUUUCUUCGAGGAAGCCCAAUUAAAUUGUAUUCUAAAUUCGGAAGACCGCCAUACGCAGAGCGAGCUAUUUGCUGAAGAAAACACUGACAUCGUGGAUUACUUCGAGAUCGGUUGCCAGAAACCACCUCUACGACGUCGGGCUCAUGCAGCCAAAACCUUCGUUAUGCCUGAAAAGUUGGUGGUCGCCUCAGAAACGCAAACAGAAUGGUCGAAAUGUGAAGACGGCUUACAACAUCGACGAAGAGACUGCAACGAUCGUGGGGACUGCGGCCUUCAAAGCCGACAUUGUGAAGAGGACAAAAAAUCUAUCUCAACUCAACAAAACCAAUCAGACGAUCUACCAACACAUGACGACAUUGCAAAAGUCAAAGCAGACAUUCGUAGACAUGGCCUACGCUGUGCACCAGACAUAUGUUGUCCCGUGUUCAGCAAUUGUUCCGUUGGUCUUCGACUCAAUUCGGCAAUGAAACGACUGGAAUGGUGUAAACGACCGUGUACUGACAAGCGACGAAAACGGCUUUGA